CGCCGCCCGCGCCCACCGCCGUCCGCGCCCGUCGACUUGAGCCGACCGUCCUCCUGCCCCCAAGAUGUGGCACAGCGUCGGGCUGACUCUGCUUGUGUUCGUGGCCACGCUGCUGAUCGUCCUGCUGCUGAUGGUGUGCGGUUGGUAUUUUGUAUGGCAUCUUUUUUUAUCAAAAUUCAAGUUUCUCCGGGAACUGGUGGGAGACACAGGAUCCCAAGAGGGAGAUCAUGAACCUUCAGGGUCUGAAACUGAAGAAGACACUUCCUCCUCUCCAUACAGAAUCAGAUCUACUCGCCAAAGGAGGGCACCUGCUGACGAAGGCCACUCACCCCAGACAUAGUUCUGUACUCGUGAAGGAUGAAAGGCAGUUGCCAGCUUCUGUCUCUUAGUGACUUGGCUUUGAAAUUUACUAAUGACUGAAGAACAUUUGUAUUGGAUUUUAAGUAUGCCAUAUAAAAUGUAAGCCAUAUAAAAAUAAAGGGAAUUAAAACCAAAUUGGACUAUUAUAAAUUUCAUCUUAAGGAUAAAUCUUUUGUUUCACUAGCUUUCUACUUAGACACUUAUUCCUUGGCUUUUGGGCUUAUUUUCUCACACUGGUGCAGAUUGGUAAACAUUAAAGGCUUGAAAAACCAUAUUUUAUUAGCCCUAAAAUGUUCAUUUUUCUCCCCAGUUUAACUUGUCAGAAAUUGGGAUGCUUCUCAUUACUGCCAACCAGGUGAUAGUCAUGUAAUUCUCCUACCUUGUACGUGUGCAAAUUUACAGCUUGUCAACGUGUAAUCCCUUUAACCAACAUGUGUAUUGUUGGAAUCAAAUGUGUCAGAUUUAAUAGACAUUUUAAAAUGUCUUCAAAAAGAUUACAGCAAUGAAAAGUUAUUGUGUAUGCAUAAAAGCAUGGAAACAGAGCAGCGGGGCGUACAUUUGAUAUCAGUGAUGCAAAUAUUCAUCACUGGAGAAAUGAUCGAAAUUCCAUAUCUUCCUGCAAAGCAACAACAAAAUGUUUUACAGGACCUAAGAAAGGUAGAUACCCACAAGUAGACGAAGCUGUACUACAUUUUAUUAGUGAGACACAUGCAAAAGGAUUGCCUAUCACAAACCAAGCAAUUCAAUUGAAGGCAGGAGAAAUUGCCAAAACCCUGGGAAUUGAUGAAACAAAAUUCAGAGCCGCAAGAGGCUUGUGUGACCGACUCAUGCAUCGAGCAGGACUGUCGUUAAGGCAUCAAACAUCGUUUUGCCCCAAGCUCCCUGCUGCUAUUAAACAGAAGACAGUGUUGGAGCACUCUUUCAAGAAGUGCUGUAUAACCAGUACUCUUGACAAGACUGGGGUGUCGUUAUGUGAAAAAAUGGAGACUUCAAUAACUGUGGUUUGAAAACUGAUUCAGAAGAGUUGGAUUCAGAAUAUGAAGUUAUAAUUAUUACUUAACCAAUUUGUUUCCCACAUUUUUUUUACAUAUGUGCAAGAUUGAUACGAUAAAAAUCUGUUUAACUCAAAGUGCUGUUUCAAUAAAUAUAAAAAACAUUUUCUGUGAUAAGAAAGCAUUGUGUCAUAGUUUAAUGGGCAGUGUAUUUUAUUAGUGAUACAUAUGGUGCAUCUUAACAAUUGGUAGUAUUUUAGGUUAAAUUAAAAAUUGUAGCUUGUAAAUUUAUUUUUUCUUUUUAAGAUAGCAGUUAUUUAUUGGGGAAUUUGAUUCUGACUCAUAAUGUUAAAAUUGUUAUCCUGUGUGAAACACAUUUUAUUUUGGGUAGGGGGUAACCUAUUCAAGAUUUUAGAGCGGUAACUUAGGAAUCUAAGAACUAUCUUCUACUUUAGGAAGAAUGGGAUUAGUUACUCCCUUUGUAUAGAAGGAUUUUAUACUCAAGGAACGUGUUAUGGAGAGAAACACUUCUUCACAAAUAAUAAUUCAGUGACAAGACCUCAAAGGUAAUGGGUAUUGAGGAAAACAGUAGUGGGUGAAAUUACCCGCUUGGCUGUAAAAUGUCUCUCUUGCCAGGUUUCUAUGUUUGUCUUAACUGAACUCUGGACUGAGUGUUUACCAGGGAGGAGAGAGAGGACUUAAAAAGAAACUUCCUGUUUAGUGUUACCUGCUUUGUAACAAGAAUGAAAUGCAAAGCCAACUUACUAUAUUAAUCUAAGUUCUUUUUAUGUUUUUUUAAAACCUUUAUUAAGGACUAGUCAUCACAAGAUAUCUAUUCAACCUCCAUUUUAUGGUGGUGUGUUGUUAUGUUUGAUACCUCAUACUUCUUGCUUAGAGUUUUAACAGUUCACUGGCUCUGUCCCAAGUUGUGUUUGUGAUGAACACCUCUUUGCUAUAUUGUAGCUUUUGGAGAUACUAAAAGGGAAUUCACAGGACAUAACUUUAGUUUUAUUUAUUUGCUAGGGGAAGAUUUCCUAGCAGCUGAGAAGGAGGCAUAGUCUUUCUGUCUUCAUUUCUUUAUUAGAUAGACAUUUCUAUUUUUAUGUGACUCUAGGGCAUAACAAAACAGUGACAGUUUCAAGCAUGAAUUUUAAUGCUUCCUAAUAGCUAAAUAUCAUCUUAAAAUAGAAAAAAAAAUGCCCCCAAAACUUCUUGGUACUGGGACGAUAUUUAAAUUAGAUUUUUCAUAGUCUAAUGUUUUGAACUAUGGAUUCUGUUUUAUGGUGGCUACCUAAGGUUAGAUAAUAGUCGCUGAAAAACUUAAAGUAGCUAGUGAGCUGCUUCUUGUGUCAAUAUUAAAGAAUGAUGGCUGGUUGGGCGUGGUGGCUCACGCCUGUAAUCCCAGCACUCUGGGAGGCCAAGGCGGGUGCAUCACGAGGUCAGGAGAUUGAGAUCAGCCUGACUAACAUGGUGAAACCUCUUCUCUACUAAAAUACAAAAAAUUAGCCGGGUAUGGUGGUGCAAACCUGUAGUCCUAGCUACUUAGGAGGCCGAGGCAGGAGAAUCACUUAAACCCAGGAGGUGGAGAUCACAGUGAGCUGAGAUCACACCACUGUAUCCCAACUUGGCGACAGAGGGAGAGUCUGUCUCAUUUAAGAGAAAAAUGAUGGCUGAUGUAGCUCUUCCCCACAAAAUCUAGAAGAGUCAUGCCCAAAUUAAUACAGGUUAAUCUUUGUAGAGAUAUGUAUGUUGGCAUUACUUAUUGACAUUUAUGCUUCAAGCAUGUCUUAGGUAAUUUUAGGAAAUAUUUAACUUGUGAGAUAUACCUAAAAGCAUACUAAUUAGCUCCUAGACUGUCACUUAGGGAGGGUAAAGAAACAUCACUGAUACCAAUAUGAAGAUCUACAAACAAAUCCUUUGUUUAGAACUUUUUUCUCUUUGUGUACUUCACAACACACUUACCAUGGUACAUAUUUCUUAAUGCCACUAAAAGAGGCAAGAUAAAUAGUUACACAGAAUUAUUUACAUGGUAUAGUGUUUCUUUUCCUUUUCCUGUUCAGUGCUUUUGUAGCAAACUUACCAGAAUUGCAUCACAACUACAUUUCCAGUCUCAGUGGGAGGUGAACUAUCCUGUGAUUAAUUUUAGAGCUUAACAGUUUAUGAGCAUUAAAAACACAUACAUGUAUUAGAGUCUUGUCUAAACUCUCACAAAGGAUGAUGGUGAUCAGCAUGCCAUCUUUCGAAGAUUAAUUCUAACAUUGAGGACUGGUAGGUUGUUUUGUUUCCUUCCCAACCAGCCAUUCAUUUCCAAAUGUUUUGCCUUUGAAACUUUCUGUGAAAAUUGCCUGUACCAAUUGCAUUGGUUGCGUUGCUCUGAUUUAAAUGCCAAAAAUACUAAAUAUUUGUGUAGUGCUGUUAAACGAGGUUUUUGAUAUUUCCAUCAAAAUGAAUAUAAAAUUCACUUGAUAGAUUUUGUAGUGAUAUUUUCAUAGUUGAAACAAAUAUAUUGCUCUGUGGUAGACAGACACUUCACAGACAUGCAGACCCAUUUCUUUAGAUAUUCAGUUGAAAGCUCAUUUUAAUUUUAUUUUGCUGAAAGUUUGGAAUAUAAGAUCUUAAAACGUAUUGAAAGAUUUGAAAGAGCAACAAAGUUGUUGCUCUUCAAAGUAAAAUUUUGAAUAACGAAUUUUGAACAAUGAUGCAGUCUUUUUUAAAAUUCAGUUUUCUCAAAUACUAUGUUUUAAUGUAAGGUGUAACUAGGUUUUUCCUGGUAAACUUUAAGUGCUUUUAUAUUUGAGGUUGACUUUAAAAAGCCAUUGAGUAGUCCUCAAAGGUUAUGGACGCUCAAGCGACUAAUGGAAUAGUAUUCUGUUGUGCAGGUUAGAACUAAUGCACCUUGUAUUGUCUGCUUCUAAAGUGCCCUAUAGUUUUAAAGUGUAAAGAGUAACAUUUUAUCUUAUAUCAAAUAAAGCUACAUUGUUCAUUUGUUAGUGUACGUGUGCUGCCUGUUUCAUGGGGAAUGUUUAACAUGAUCCUCCAAGUUGGUUCUAUGCAUAACCAUUCACCAAAUACUGCUGCUGUGGUUCCUUAUAGGAAAUAUUGUGUGCUCUGCUAUGAGGCAUUGCCAUCUUGCUGCUUGACAAAUAGGUUUAUAAAGAUUUAGAAUUCUGUGUUUUAAUAGUACCUUUAGAUGUAAAAUUAAAGAUGAGGAAUAUGUGUAAAUGAUCAAUCACUGUUUUAAAACCGGUCAGUACUCUAAAGCUUCUGUGGUUUGUAUGAUGUUUUAACUUUCACUUUAAACAACACAGAAUAAAUUAAAAUGAAAACAAACAAAA